AUGUUUUCUCUACCAGAAAGACAAUUGUUUAACAGAUUGGAAACCAAAAUAGAUGCCAUUUGUCCAAAAUUUUACGUUGAUGCCGCGAAUAUUCAGGUUCUUCAUGAACCGAAUGAGUUUUAUGAAACUCUUAAGAACUUAAUAAAAUCUGCAGAGAAACGGAUAUUCCUUUCUACGCUAUACAUAGGGAAAGAAGAGAAUGAAUUCGUAAAUGUAAUUCGACAGGCUAUGGUUGCAAAACCAAAAUUACAAGUAUUUAUUUUGGCAGAUCAAUUGCGGUCAACGAGGGAAUUUCCCGCUAAUUCGUCUGCUUCUCUACUUACUAAAUUAACAGAAGAGUUUCCCGAACGAUGUGAAAUAAAGCUCUAUCACACUCCAAACUUACGUGGUCUCAAGAAAAGAAUAGUUCCCAAAAGGUUUAAUGAGGGUUGGGGUCUCCAACAUAUGAAAAUUUAUGGAGCAGAUGAUUCCUUAAUAAUUAGUGGUGCAAACUUGUCAAGAGACUACUUUACCAAUCGUAAGGAUCGUUACUAUCUUUUCCAUGACAGCAAUUUGUCUGAUUUUUUCUUUCACGUUCAUAAAACAUUUGCAGGAUUGUCAUUUGACUGCUUGCCUAGUAAUCGUGAACUUUUGUCAACAACAGCGGAGAGCCUUCCAUGUCGGUUUCGACUGGAGUGGAACAAUGAUGUUCCUAAUCCUUUAACCAACUUGACUGGCUUUAUAAAGGAAGCUUCUAAUAGACUUCAACAUCUCUUAAGCAGAAGUCAAGAUCACACUUCUGAAAGAGAUUAUACUAGACCCCUUACCUCAGCGUACGGGACCAGCGUCACGGAAAAUGAUCAAAAUGUAAACAAACCAAUAGAAAACAAUUCGUGUGAACGAACUGCUAUUGUGUAUCCCCUUUUUCAGUGUAUGCCUGUGCUGACAGAUCAAGUACAGUCCACCGAAGAUAAAGUGUUGGAUUUACUAGGAAACACCAUCAUGAACGAAAAGGUUGAAUGGACAUUGACAGCUGGUUAUUUUAAUGUAUACCCGGAGCUACGAAGACAAUUGUUGAAAAGUAAGGGACCGGGAGAAGCAAUUGUUGCUUCGCAACAGGCUAACGGGUUUUACAAAUCAAAGGGACCCUCGCAUAUGAUUCCACCUGCCUAUCAAUACAUUGCUGAGAAAUUUUUACUUGAUGCCAUUCGAAUGAAAAAAGAUAUAAAUGUCUUACAAUGGCAGAGGCCAGGGCAUACAUAUCAUGCUAAAGGCUUUUGGUUUACCUAUCCUGGGAGACCUUUUCCGUUUUUAACUACAAUAGGAUCGUCAAACUAUACAAGUCGGUCUCGAAUAUUGGAUUUGGAGGCAACUUUAGUGAUCAUGACACAAAAUCAGCAACUUCAAUCUUCAUUUCAAAAAGAACACCAGUUAAUUCGGCAACAUGCCAAACCUAUGGGAUCUUGCAAUCUGGAAAAGGUCCCACUGUAUGUAAAGGCAUUGGCAUCCCUUUUACGAAAGAAACUCUAA